CCUUGGUGUGUGUAUGUAUGUGUCUGUUUGUGUGUCCCGUUCUCGGAGACGUCCAAAUCUCUUCUCUCUUCCUCUCUCCCGCCCACCGUGCGCUCAAUAAAAUUAAAUUUGCCGGGAGAGACGGAGGAAGAUGGCGGCCACUGACCGUUCCAGGUCCGAAGCUGCGAAGCAGCGGCGCCAGGAUCAGCUGCGGCGGUGGCAGGGAUCGGAGACGGACCUAACCGGCGCUGAAAUGCGAAGUCGUGCUCUAAAAUCUGCCAAAGUGCGCUUCGCUCAGGGCGCCGUGUUUAUGGCCGCCUGCUCGGCCGGGGACCGGGAAGAGGUUGCCGAGCUUCUGAGACAGGGAGCAGACAUCAACCACGCAAACGUGGACGGGCUCACAGCGCUGCACCAGGCCUGCAUUGACGAGAACACUGAGAUGGUGCAGUUUCUUGUGGAGAACGGUAGUGAUGUGAACCGAGGGGACAAUGAGGGCUGGACACCCCUCCAUGCAGCUGCUUCCUGUGGCUUCAUCCAGAUUGCUAAGUACCUGAUCGAACAUGGUGCACAGGUGGGAGCAGUGAACAGUGAGGGGGAACUUCCUUUGGAUGUGGCCACGGAGGAAGCCAUGGAAAGGCUGCUGAAGGCAGAGAUCAAAAAACAGGGUGUGGACGUGGAGCAAGCAAGGAGGGAGGAGGAGAGAGUGAUGAUGCAGGACGCCAUGGCUGUUUUAGCAGGAAGUGGUUCUCUGGUGCCUCAUCCCAACACUAAGGCCACACCGCUGCACGUAGCCGCAGCUAAAGGCUACAUUGAAGUGCUCAAGGUGUUACUGAAGUGUAAGUUGGAUGUGAACAGUAGGGACAGUGAUGGCUGGACAUCUCUACAUGCUGCUGCUCACUGGGGGCAGGAGGAAGCAUGCAGUCUACUCGUGGAUCAUAUGUGUGACAUGAAUGCUGUUAAUAACGUGGGUCAAACUGCUCUUGAUGUUUCUGACGAGAAUCUAGUGGACAAGUUGGAGGAGCUGCAAAAGAAGCAAAAUGCAAUGCGUACUGAGAAACAGAAGAUCAAGAUGCCUGUUAUUGAAACCAGUCCAUCUAUCUCUAUGGCACCAGUCCGUCCUCGCAGGACGUCCAUCUCUCGUAUGAGCAGCAAGGAGAAGAUCACAUUGCACGAGAGAGAGAAGCACCCUCCGCCCGCCCUCCAGACUCCACCCACGGAGGAAGAGGAGGAGGAGCCAAACCGGCCAGGUGCACCGUCCAAAGCCUCCAGCAGCUCCAGCUCAGAGGAGGAGAGCGAAUCGGAGAGCGAUGCUGAAUCAGAAAAGGCAAAAACCAGGGAGUUGAUCAACAACUUGAACAACAAGCGCAACAGUGCUGCUCCUAUAACGACCACAAACAGCAGCACAACAAACCAGAUUAAAAAGUCUGAGCCAGCAAGGCCUGCAGUGAGUGAAGCUCCGGGUUCAUGGAGGACGUCUCUGCGCAAAGCCGGCAGCUCAGCAACACUGGGAACCUCAGGCGUGUCUGAUGCACCCACAGAAAAUCCACGGGGCACUGAAAACACCUCAAGCAUCGGCAUGUCCCGCUCUGCCUCCAGUCCCAGACUCAGCUCAGACAUUGACAACAAGGAGCCCAGGUUAGCCCGAGUGCAGCCCACUCCGUCCAGACGCCUGUUCAGUGUUGGAGACAGCAACACCAGUAGCACCUCAGAAAACCCUAGCAGCUGGUUGAGCAGAAGCUCUUCAUAUACCCGAAGACUGAACAGCCAGUCAGGCAGUGAGCCAGCAGCACAGAACCCUUCUUUACCUCGCAGCUCAUCUUAUGGAAGAAAACUUGAUGACCCUUCAGUGACCUCCGUCACCACACAGGGAACAUCUGGACACAGUCGCCUCAACAAUAUAGUGGCUCAAAGGUUAGCUCAGGAAGAGUCCGAAAAGAAGGAACCUGUCUCUACAACAACAGGAGAACAGGAGACAAAGCAGAGGCGGAGAUCAUAUCUGACCCCAGUACGUGAUGAAGAGGCUGAAGCUCAGAGGAAAGCUCGCUCCAGACAUGCACGUCAGUCCAGACGCUCUACUCAGGGUGUUACACUUACAGACCUCCAGGAAGCAGAAAAGACAAUAAAGCCUGAAUAUAAGGGAAAAGAAAGGACUAAGGAGGAAGAGGAAAAAGAAGCAAAGCAGAAGAAAGGAGAGGAAGGGGAGGUGAGUUGGAGGUCUCGCAUUGCAAACUUGCAGAAGUCGGACCUGCUGGGACUCACUCACCCUCCUGGUGCACCUCGUCCUGCUGACAGGAGAGAUGCAGAGGACAGUUUGGCUGACAUUGAGGAACGAGCAAGGGAGAGGAGGCGAGCGAGAGCUCGUCGGAGAGAAAGAACAGGAGAGAGUGAAGAUAAUGAGCCCAGUGCAGAGGAUGAGAGCAGUGGUGGGCCGGACCCACAGACAGACAGAUAUAUUAGCAGCAGGUCUAAUCCAGCCCUCAAUGACUGUCUCAUGGCAGGGGGAUCAGACAUCAAAGAUUAUAAAAGGUUGUUUGAGAAGUUGUCUAGGGAGAACACUCAGCUGCAGGCUCAACUACAGGACACGCUGAGAAGUGUGUCUGUGACCAGAAUGGAGCUGGAGAAAGCAACCCAGAGACAGGAGAGGUUCAGUGACUGCACUGCUCUUUUGGAGUUGGAGAAAAAGGAGAAGGCGAUGUUAGAGAGACGUGCAGUGGAGUUAGAGGAGGAGCUGAAAGUAUUGGGGGAUCUAAAAGCGGAUAAUCAGAGGCUGAAGGACGAAAAUGGAGCGCUCAUUCGAGUGAUCAGCAAGCUCUCAAAAUAGACAAUGGAAAGUGUGAAGGGAACGAACAAACGAGAGGGAGAACAAAAAAAUAGACAGAGGCUCAGAGAGAGACAAUCCACCCCACCCCCAUUCUCACAUCCUCACAUCCUGUGCCAAAGAAUUAGCUGUGUGUGAGAAAGAGAACGAAAGAAUGAUAGAGCAUGUCACUUUUUUUUAAUGUGCACCGUUUAAACAAACUACAUUUUGACCUGAUCCCUACCUGACUGAGUGUGUGUUUGUGUGCAUGUGUGUGCACAGUAAGCUACCCUUCAACACAUGCAUAUUCACUAUGAACUCUAUUUGCCCCUUUGUUUAGGAGUCUAGUUGGAAAUGAUGCACUCAUAUGGAAGUAUGCACAUACUUGGCAGGCUUGCAUGCACACACACACACACACACACACAGCAUUCACAUGAGUGCCACACACAUUCCACACCUCUCAGGCUUCUUUAGGUAUGCAGUAAUUUUGCACUUUGCAUACACCUCACACACACACACACACACACACACAGGCUGAUUUAGUCUCUUCUUAUACGAGUUGCCAAUUCUAUGACCACUUUUGUACCUAGUAUUGGCUGAAAGUACAGCCACACAGCACUACAAUCAUGCUAUGCCUUGUGUAUUUUCCUACACGUAUUAAUAUAAAGGUGAAGAAUAGAAUAUUGUUUUCAUGUGUUUUUCGUUUUCAUCAAUUCCUCUUACCUGUUGUUCGGUGAUGAGGAUGGUAACUCUGUUUAU